AUGGACAACGACACUCACGUGGAAAAUUACGAUGACCUUGAAGACGAGCCAGCUGGCGUGCCGAGAGAGACUAUUCCUCAACUGACCGGGAAAUUGCAGAGGCAGGCUAUUUCUGAGAAAGAAGGUAGCAGUAGUUCAAAUGCAGAGCAAAAGCAGAAGCAGAAAUGCAGCACAUGCAAUGCUGUUGUGGGUGAUGCAAAAGAAUACAGGGAGCAUUUCAAGAGCGAGUGGCACAAGCAUAACCUGAGGAGAAAGACGAGGCAACUUCCACCUCUUGCUGCUGAAGAAUGUACGGGUGACUUGGAGCUCGGUGACUCGAAAUCUGAUCUGAAAGACUAUUCGUUUUGA